AUGGAAUCCAGCACUCAUUUCAAUUUCGGUGUGCGGUUGGGGUUGUUCUUGGUUGUCGAGGCAGCCAGCCUUUCAGCCAUCUCAACAGGGUGCCUUCUACUCUAUAUUUUGUAUGGCUCAAUCAAUCGAUGGCGAGCCUCGCGCGCAGCCAGCCAUGAACACACAAAGGAGCACUCCGAGGAUACGAUCAGUGUUGAUCAAGAAUCACAAGAUGUUAGCGGGUCAGCAUAUUUCAGGAACCUGAUGCUGGCCGAACUAAUACAGGCCAUUGGCGGUCUCCUCAACGUUCGGUGGAUCAUCGAUGCCGAAGUCGCUUUCAAAGGCCCAAUAUGCACAGCUCAGAGUGUUUUGGAGCAAAUGGGCGAUGUCGGGGUGGCUCUAACCACUCUCGUUAUCGCCAGCCACACAUUCAUCGUCCUUGUCCUUCGUUGGCAUACCCCAGCGCGAAUCAGCAUCAAGUCACUCUCUAUCCCAGUCCCAGCUAUUGUCCUAAGUUUGAUUUGGCUGUUUAUAACGCUGGCCAUCGCCAUUCCUGCUGGUCUGCACCAAAACAACCCAGAUAAACCCUAUUUUAGUAGGACGGGAUACUGGUGUUGGAUCAAUGAGUCGUACCCAAAGGAGCGCAUUGGUUUGGAGUACUUCUGGUUAUGGGCAGCAGCGUUCAUCCAAAUCAUACUAUAUGUCUUCCUCGCGCUAGUCCUUCGGGGGCUCGUCGUCGUUGAGAAUGGUAGAUUUGGUUGGGCAUCUAAAUCGAAGUCCUCUGAGCAACACGAUGAUUAUUCAUAUGACUCAGAUGGUGCCAGAGAGGCUCGAGACGAAGCAGCGAGAGUUGCUAACAGAACGGCUAUGCAAAUGCUGUUUUACCCCCUUGUCUACAUUAUCACUAUCUUCCCCAUAUCAAUUGCGCGAUGGGUCAGUUUCUCUGGCACUGCGAUCCCGUCCGCAGCGACCAUGUUCGCCGAUAUCAUGUUCUGUUCCAGCGGAUUCCUCAACGUUCUCUUGUAUACCAUCACUCGCCCAGGAGUGGUCCGAGGAUCUCCUCAGGCUCCCCCUCCGUCAGAUGCAGAGAGAGGUCUUAAAUCACACUCCCAUAACCCCACCUUACAAGCGAGUUCUCAUAGCGGGCAUGGUGCAAUCUCGGGCGGUCAUGUUGAGAGAAGAAGGGUUAUCACAGCCAAGGCUUCAGCUGGAGUUAUCCCUCUGAGUCCAACACAUCGAGCACUAGGAAGGCUACCAGACCUUGGGGAGGAUGAAGAGGAGGAACAGAUUGCACUGGACAGCGCGAUAUGUCGGGUGCACAGUCGUCCCCAUGGCGUCGAGAACAGUCGCGUAUACCCACCCCCGUCUCGGAGAACAAAAUCUCAGGACAACGACUUGGGUCGACUACCUGAUUCUGACGAUGAAGGAUCGAGUAAAAGAGGAGCGGAGCUCGCUGAGCCGAUCAUGAUCGGAGUGGAUCGGAGGUUGGAUAGCGGGAAGGCUUCUCCUGGCACUGGCAGCCUUUGA